ACCUAGAAGGCUGUGCCGCGAUUUGUCAUCAUCUUGUUUUUCCGAGGGAUGAAUGUCUAAGGAGACACAACAACGUCGUGUUUGACAUUAGACCACGUUUGUCAAAUAAUCUGGAAGAUUGGAGACAUAGUUUUGUCUAGAUUUUGUGCCACCCUUUAGUCGAGGACCGCGUUUUGGUCUGCUGAGUAGGUUAAAAAAAUGUUUUUAUUUUUACCAAGGUGUUGAACAUCUGACAAAGAUGUCAGCUACAACAACACUUCAGAAAGCCAUUGACUUGGUCACAAAGGCUACGGAAGAGGACAGAAAUAAAAACUACGAAGAAGCUCUGAGACUCUAUGAACAUGGUGUCGAGUACUUCCUGCAUGCCAUCAAAUAUGAAGCCCAAGGAGAGAGGGCCAAAGAAAGUAUCCGCUCCAAGUGUUUGCAAUAUCUUGAUAGAGCUGAAAAACUCAAGGAGUAUUUGAAGAAGAAGGAUAAGAAAAAGCCAGUAAAAGCAGAUGGUAGCUCCAAGGAAGACAAGAAGAAUAGUGAUAAUAGUGAUAGUGAUUCUGAUGAUCCAGAGAAGAAGAAAUUGCAAGCCAAACUGGAAGGUGCAAUUGUUGUUGAAAAGCCCCAUGUGCAAUGGGCAGAUGUUGCUGGCUUAGAGGGGGCGAAAGAGGCUUUGAAGGAGGCUGUUAUUUUACCCAUCAGAUUCCCACAUCUAUUCACUGGAAAAAGGAUACCAUGGAAAGGCAUCUUGCUUUUUGGUCCCCCUGGAACUGGUAAAUCUUACCUCGCUAAAGCCGUUGCAACUGAAGCAAAUAAUUCCACAUUCUUUUCUGUCUCAUCAUCAGACCUUGUGUCUAAAUGGCUUGGAGAAAGUGAAAAAUUGGUGAAAAACCUAUUUGAACUAGCCAGAUCUCACAAGCCUAGUAUAAUUUUCAUUGAUGAGGUCGAUUCACUGUGCUCUUCUCGUUCAGACAAUGAAUCUGAAUCAGCUAGGAGGAUUAAAACUGAAUUUCUAGUACAGAUGCAAGGUGUUGGAAAUGACAAUGAUGGGAUCUUGGUUUUGGGUGCUACAAACAUACCUUGGGUCUUGGACUCUGCCAUUAGGAGACGAUUUGAGAAAAGAAUCUACAUACCUCUCCCUGAAGAGCCUGCUAGGCUUAUCAUGUUCAAACUUCAUUUGGGAAACACAUUCAACACACUUUCUGAAGAUGAUUUGAAGCAGUUGGCUAAGAAAAGCGAAGGUUACUCAGGAGCAGACAUAAGUAUUGUUGUUAGAGAUGCUCUCAUGCAGCCUGUCCGCAAGGUUCAGACAGCUACCCACUUCAGAAAAGUCAGAGGCCCUUGCCGCAAAGACCCCACUGUCGUUGUGGAUGAUCUCUUGACUCCAUGCUCUCCUGGUCAUCCAGAUGCUAUUGAAAUGACUUGGAUGGAAGUGGAUGGAGAUAAAUUAUUUGAACCACCAGUUUCAAUGAGUGAUAUGGAACGUUCUCUCCAGACGUCCAAGCCAACAGUAAAUGAUGAAGAUCUUAUCAAGCUCGAUAAGUUCAAAGAAGAUUUUGGGCAAGAGGGCUAAGCCUGCAACACUAUCUUGUUCUGGUAGGAUAUUAUUGCAUGACAUGUGUGCAAUGCUUUUGGACAGCUGCCUGGAAACUGAACUUCUUGCUUUGGUUUUACUGAUGUACGGACUGAUGAAAAGCAUUAUAUAAUUUCAGAGGAGCCCAGCGACAAAUAUGUUGCUAAACUGUAACUUCUGCUUAUUUGGCAGAGCCUUUUGCUGCAUGUCUUCUGAUAAACUCAGCCUACGUUCUAUCUCCAUGUUCCAUUAUUGUGGUAUUUCUUAAGCAAAUCAUUGUGGCAUACUAAUAGAAAUACACUGCUCUUGCACUCUGUGGUCUUUCACUGUGAUGGUUUUGAAAACAGUUGCAUAUAUGUCAUUUGAAAUAGGGUUUUGAAUUCUAUUCAAGGCAUUAUUUCUUUUCAUGUCUCUAUAAUUCUGGGGGGGAAAAAGUUUCAACGCAUAGGUAGGAUGUGAGGAAAGUAUACUCUCUUUUGCUUUUUUUUCUUUUCUCAUUACUGCAGAACACUAGAGAGAUCAAAGAUUAUUCCAGAAACAUAAAACUUCACCUGUAAAAGUACUGUAAUCAACUUCCUGUCCAUUGUGCAGAUUUCUAGUGUUUGUAUAGAUUAGAUCUCUUGAAUCCAGUUAAAGGAAAGACAGUUUUUAUAUUUUGAGAAAAGAUUGGAUUAAUCAAAUUUGUUGAUCUUGGCUAAGAUUUGUCUUUAUUUUCAUACUGCUAAUUGUAAUGGUUUAGACAUAUUGUUGGUAUUUGUCUUGAAAAUAGUUUGACUUAUGAAGUUAUUAUCUGUGUAAUAUUAUUUGUAAACAGUGUAUAUUGUUAAGAUUGGUUUUAACAUUCGAAUAGUUCUUGAAAACCUCUAUUUUAAAAUUUUAACUACCGGUAGUGCUUAUUAUUUAUGUAAUGUGAUCUGCCAAGAAAAUCAGGAGUUCAAGAUGCUAGAUGAUGGGUAGGUGUACUCACCACCUUUCUUUGCUUAUCCAUUAACACAUUGCUUUCUAUAAGGGCCUCUUUUUGUUUUGGAAUACAUUAUUUUCUUUCUGUCUAAUGUUUGCUUUUAAAAUUUGUGAUGAGAGGUUCGUGAUUCCCUCUGUGAUUUUAUUGAACUCCUGGCCUUUAAAAAAUGAUCACGACUUUUUUUUUUCACUUUUUAUAGUAUUGCAACUCUUGCCUCUGAGGUAGUUUGGCGUGUUUAAUAAAGCGUGGCUAAUUAUUUGUUCCUUA